AUGUCGAGAUUUCGAGCUCUUUGGCAAGCUUCUGUCAAUGCGACGAAGAGAGGUAAGGGGAAAGUCCCCUCCGUUCUGUACUUCUCGUUUCCGGAAGGGUAUCCUUCAGCCGUCUGGAUUUUAUGUGCUCUCGGAGCUGGCCUUGGUUUUCGAUUAUGUUUUUUUUCUCCCAGUGCGACGGACACUGAUCACAAGGGCGAUGGCAAUGAAGCUCUGACGACGAAAGAAUAUAGGGAUUUUUUCGCCUGACCUCUGGAAGAGAAUCUAUUAUUUGGUUUUAGGAUGACGAUAGUAAGGAGUGGUCGUGCUCUUGGCGUUUUGCCUUCCGAUGCUACGUACGAUGUGGUAGUGGGGGGGGGGGGUGAAUUUCCCAGGGCUUAAUUCAUAUAUCGUAUGGAAUUUUAUUUUUAUAUUUAUUUAAUUUACCUUUUUUAUUUUUUUAUUUUGUGUUAUUUUUUGUACUAUUUUUGCAUAAAAAGUAUGGGACCAACGGUUCUUAUCUUACUAUUUUAAAAUUGCGAUGAUUUUUUCAAGUCCCCCUUUUUUUUUCAAAAAUUCGGUUUAUGUUGAGUUAAUUUUAUUUAUAAUUGUUAUGGAUUGUUACCCUUUUCCUGAGCUCCACCAUAUCCCACUUAAUCGGAAUUUUUAGUUAUCUUUUCUUGAAUUCUCCAUCUGGUGAUGUUUUCCGAUGAUUCUAACUUUCUAUCUCCUCGCACAUUUAUGCUUAUCGACAGCUCUUGCAUGGAAUGUCGAAGAUAUGAUGCCGGCUAGUGAAAAAUGCAUUUUCAAUUUUCAUUCAAAGGAGGAGAUUGAUAAGUGGCAUUUGUAUUCGGAUUCUGAAUACGGAGGUGCUACUCUGCCCAAAUCAAAUUUUUUUUUUUUUCUUUGUCAAUUUAUCCUUGAUUUAGCCAGUGAUUUUUUUAUUGCAUUUGGUAGUUAUUCCUCAUUGAGUUUACUAGUAUCAGCAUUCUAUUCUUUCUUGGAGAGAAAGGAAAAAUAAAAAAAUCGUUAUAUGUACGUACAUAUACGUAUAUAUAACAUUUUACAGAUGUUGUUCUUUAAUGAGUCUGUCCUACCUUAACUUCAUUUAGUUUGUGAAUCUCGCAGUAACUUUAGGUGAUAAGCAUCUUUUUGUUUUUCCAUAUAUAAUGCUUCCAUUUGAUGGACGUAAGAACAGUCUGUUGAGAGACCAUGAAUACCUUAGCAUUGGAAUACCAUCUAGAUCCCGAUCUGAAUGGAAAAUAUUGUUGAGUUCUGAUGAUGUACGUAAUAAUUUAUCAUGUAUGGAUAGUUUCUCCAUAUUCUGUGACACCUUGGUUUCUGUGUAUUACUUUGAUUAACUUUAAUGAAGUAUCCUCAAGAAGGAACUUGGGGAAAGCUAAUGCAUAUGUUUCUCUGCAUGCUUUUCAUGAACUCGGGGAAAGCUUUAAUGAAGUGUCCGUGCCUUUCAUAUAUUAUAUAAUCCCUCGUCAUCGGAUGGAACCAAUCACACAUUGUUGGGACAGGAUCAUGAAGGAACCAGAUCAGUCACCAAAAGAUAGUGUUUACCUACAUUAUUGUUAUGUUUACUUUUUUCUACCUAAGAAAACCAGUGAAUUAUCAACUUGUACUCAUUAAUGUGAUUUUUUUAAUUUUUUGAUCUGUCUUCCACUUUAUUUUGUCCUUCUUCAUCUGAAAAUUUUUGUGGGGUUCCAUGUCUUCUGUUUCUUGGUUGAAUAAGUCGGUCUUGAAAUGCAAUAUUUCAGGUUUGUCUUCAGCCUCCUUGGAGAUCACUGAUUCUGGGUCUGGAUUGAGCGGUAUGCCAGCUUUGCAGAAUUUGGUUUACCUUUUUGAACCACGUUGCUUGAAUUAUUGUUAUUGUGGAUUUUUUUUUUCGGUAUCUCCCCCCCUCAAUUGAUCAUUAAGUUCGUGUAUGUUUUUUUUAUACAGUGCAUGAAAUUACUUUCAUAAUCUUUUCAUUAUAUAUAUUUGAAAUGGGCCUUACAAAAUGUACACAAUAAUUCUUUCCGCGUGGAACACUGGUGAUGCACAAAUUAUUGAUAUAGGGAUCCUCAAUAAAAAGUCUGUCCUCUCUGGAUUGAGUCCCAUAAUCUUCUAAGGGAGUUGGAUUUACACCGGAGUAAGCAAGAUGGAAAGUUGAAGCAAAUAUUGUGAAACAGAGGUCGGUGUGUUUACUUAGAUGUGUGCAUGUGCGGAAUGCAUAAGACUUGUGGAAUUAAGGAAAAACCAUACAAGAUUUCCAAAAUUUUGAAUGAAAAAAAAGAUGGGGGAAGAAGGAAGGAAAGAGAAGAGCAAAUGGAAAGGGUAUCUGUGACAGCACGUCCGAUGAGUGGUGUUUUCGGCAGUGGCAUGCCCACUUGGGAAGAAAAGAUGCAGGGGCCCGGCAGAAGCCACCUGCUGGCUAUAAGCUUCACUACCAGUAGGAUCUCCCAGUUGAACGCUCAACCUCCGGAUCCAUCUUUGACAAGACUUACCUUGUCCUCAGAAGCUCAGGCCCAGUUCAUCUCAGCAGCCCAAAGCCUGUUCUCAGGUCUUCAAGCAAAUCCCCCUCUUUUUCCAACCCUGGCCUUCGGAAGUUUAAGUCAGAGCCUACCUUGAUAAGCCCUGGCCGGAGCCGAUCCUAAAAGUCCUAUUCAGUUGACUCCAAAGGAACUAAAACCUGUAAACAAAGAUCUAUUACGAUCUUUUAUGGGUCUCGAGACUAGUGGUCACAAAGAUCAGUUGAAACUUCAUGUCAAUGUGGGGUCCUGCGAUAAAAAAUAUCCACUAAGGUCCUGCGUGGGCCUUGAGCAUAGUGACCAAUAGGAUCCUAUGUGACCCUAUGUGGGCACAGAGCCUAGCGGGAUAAAAUAACCAAUAACUUCUUAUGUGAGCCUAGAGCCUGAUGGUAUAAAACAUGCCCUAGAAAACCUUACAUGGGCCUUAUUUUAAAUUCAUAGAUGCAUCCAAAUCAAUUUCAUUGCAUAAAUUUGCGAAAAGGACUUCAUCUGCUAUCCAGAUGGGGCUCAUACCUUUUGUUAAAUGUAUGCAAUUAAAGCUAACUUUUUUUAGUGAAGAACAUCUAAAUGUAACACAACCCAAAAAGCAAAAUUAACCGUCAGGAAUAACAAUAAUAUAAAAAGAUAAGAGUUUACUAAAAGGCUGAAAGAUAAGAGUUUCAUUUUAAGAAGAAAAAGGUCCAAAGAUAAUGAUUAUAGUUCCUUGCCUUUCUCUUUCCCCUUUUGGGGAUUUUGCAAUAUCCUUGCUAAUGUUUUGUAAAUAUUUUUGUGCCAUUUUAUCACUAGACCUGGCAUGUAUGCGCGCUAAGGUUCAUAUACUGUUAGAAAAAUAGAAGGAUAACAAACUUGGGGACCCCCCUCCUCACUUAUGGUUAAUGGGAUGAUUCAAUGGAUAUAGUUAGGUUUUUCUGUUGGCCAGCUAGAUAUAAGUGUUUGAAGUUGGUACGGAUCUGACCCACCACUUGAGGCUUUACUAGCAUGUCCAAUGAGAUUUAUUGUAUCGUAUAUAUUAUUGAAUAUUUUGAUAUUGAUUGAUGUAUCUUUUCACCCGGGAUGUCAUUUUUAUAUUUACUAUUACAUGACUGUGAUUAUGCAGUUACUGAUCAAAAUAUGAUAUUUAUACAUCACAUUAUUAUUAUAAAGCACUGUUAGUUAAAUUCUCAAUCGAUUUUUAAUGUAAUCUCUUUCCGUAUUGGAUAUGCUGCUGUUAAUAAUCAUGUAUGUGGUCUUAUUAACGAAACAUUUGCGCUUGGCCACGAAUUCUUAGUCAUUCUGAUGUCCACCUCCUCUCUUCUUACUUGAAAGGUAUUUUUUCCGGCAACCUAUCAACAGAUGUCACCGGAGAUUGUAGGUGGAAAAUAAACCGGAGCGGGUUCUGUGGGAUGCGUUCUAAGAAGGUGAAUGGUGAUGUUAAAAAAAAAUUAUCAUCAAGAAAGCUUUUUCUUUAUAUUCUUCGGAUCAUCUAUGCCGUAAAGAAUGUUCCCUUGAGCCUCAGUCAACUUGAACGCGUCAUGAUGUGUUCUCUUGAGAGAGAUUUACCUGACGCACAAGUUUUGAUUUUCUUCUCAUUCUUCAUUCUUUCUUCAUUCGUGAUUACUGAAAUAUUUUCUUUCUUUGCCCAGUUCAUUGACACAUUGUCAGAGCAUUAGGCCACUCCACUCAAAAUCAGUUGGCUAUGACUGGACUAGGCCCAUCCAUAGAACUACAUGAUUUCAUUUAUUCAUUAAUUGAUAUGGGAUUAUUCUUGCACAUAUAUCCUCACAUGUGAGCCGAUUUUUUAGUUUUUUUCGUGAACUCAUGAACAACCAUUGCUCAUGAUUCCAUAUUUGACUAUUACAUCAUCUGGACUCGGAAUCGAUUGAUGAUAGAGUAAAAGAGACGCUCAAAAAAUUAUUUCGUUUUCUGUGAUGUGGGACUAUUCCAGCAGUGCUUAUUUAUAAGAACAAAAGUAGAGAUUGUCUUGAGAUUGCUUUUCUUACAUGAUCAUUCGCUUGGGCUUAUCACAGAGAUUACAUGGGCUGUGGAAUCAUCCGUACCAAUAAGCUAGUAGAAUUCAGGAAGAAUGUCAGUGCCUUAGUUCAUCAAAUGCGCUGACUUUUCCUAAAAUGGAUGCAGUUCAACGGCUUCAUCGACUUGGAUGCCUAUGACACGAUAGCCAUGAGGCUGAGAGGGGAUGGAAGAUGCUACAUAUCUACCGUUGAGUACCUCCACCAAUCGAUAUAAAAGUAUCCCCAAAUUGUGUAAUUGAUGGUUAGUUACCCAUGCAGAUAUACACUGAAAACUGGGUGAACUCGCCCGGUCAACAGGAAGACAACUCAUGGCAAGCCUUUGUUCUCGUGCCAAAGGGCAGCUGGCAUACCGUCAAGGCGAGUCCCCUCUCUCUCUCUCUCUCUCUCUCUCUCUAGGUGGGGGUGCUGAAUUGGGCCUGGGCCCCAGUUUCAUGGGUCCCGCCCGAUGGACAACCCAUGUUGUUUUUCCUCUGAUGUCGGAGUAAUUUUCAGGUUCCCCUAGAGCAAUACUUACCAACAUGGAGAGGAAACGUCAUAGACGUGAAUCUUGAGAUGAACCCAGCAAGGAUCGUGGGGAUGUCUCUCUCAGUGAACGCUGAGGCCGCCUUUCCUGGGGCCCGGGCCGGGCCCGGUGACUUCAGGCUCGAGAUCGACUGGAUCAAGGCGCUGAGAACUCUGUAA